UAAUGUGCUGGAAGGAGACUUAAUGGAGCAGGACGUGGAAAGCCCUGUUACAAUUCAUCCACCCAAGUUGCCCAAACAGGCCAGAGAAGAUCUGCCAAAGCAUUUAAGCAAAGAGGAUGCCAAAAGAAAAAUCCAGAGGUAUGUUAGGAAAGACGGAAAAUGCAACGUCCACCAUGGAAACGUGAGAGAGACUUAUCGCUAUUUGACCGAUAUCUUCACUACCUUGGUCGACCUCAAGUGGAGAUUCAACCUUUUUAUAUUUGUCUUGGUUUAUACUGUGACUUGGUUGUUCUUUGGAUUCAUCUGGUGGCUAAUUGCUUACAUCCGAGGAGAUAUGGAGCACAUAGGAGAUAAGAAAUGGACACCCUGCGUUAGCAACCUCAAUGGAUUUGUCUCAGCCUUUUUAUUCUCCAUAGAGACAGAAACUACAAUUGGGUAUGGUUAUCGGGUUAUCACAGACAAAUGUCCUGAAGGAAUUAUCCUGCUUUUAGUUCAGUCUGUUUUAGGGUCUAUUGUGAAUGCUUUCAUGGUUGGCUGCAUGUUUGUAAAAAUAUCACAGCCCAAGAAGAGAGCAGAAACUCUGGUGUUUUCUACCAAUGCUGUAAUUUCUAUGCGGGAUGGAAAGCUGUGUUUGAUGUUUCGAGUUGGGGAUCUUAGAAAUUCACACAUUGUGGAAGCAUCAAUACGAGCCAAGCUGAUCAAAUCGAAACAGACAAAGGAGGGGGAAUUUAUACCUCUCAAUCAAACAGAUAUCAAUGUAGGUUAUUAUACUGGGGAUGAUCGACUGUUUUUGGUUUCACCACUGAUCAUCAGCCAUGAAAUAAACCAACAGAGUCCUUUCUGGGAGAUUUCCAAAACUCAGUUGCCCAAAGAGGAAUUAGAAAUAGUUGUGAUCCUAGAAGGAAUGGUGGAAGCGACAGGGAUGACAUGCCAAGCCCGAAGUUCUUACAUUACCAGUGAAAUUCUGUGGGGUUAUCGUUUCACACCUGUUCUCACCCUAGAGGAUGGAUUUUAUGAAGUUGAUUAUAAUAAUUUCCAUGAGACAUAUGAAACCAACACCCCAUCUUAUAGCGCCAAAGAAUUGGCAGAGAUGGCCAAUCGAGCAGAGUUACCCCUUACUUGGUCUGUAUCAAGCCAGUUAGAUCAGCAUGCAGAAAUGGAGGCCGGAGAGGAAGCUAAGAGCCAUGAAGAACAACAAGCAGAAAGGAAUGGUGAUGUGGCCAAUUUAGAGAACGAAUCCAAAGUUUAGAACUGAAUGAAGGGACAGAAAAUAUUAACACUUUCAAAAGAGGGGGGGAGGGAAACAGCAGUCUAAAAUGUUUACUGUCUGUCCAUCCAUCAAUAAGAUCAGUGAAGAUUUGGGUUAAAGCUGCAAUAUUGUAUAUUUUCCUAUUUUAUUUUACCUUUGAUUGUUCCACUUUUUAGAUGGAGAAAUCAAUAUUCUCAUACAUAAGCAAGUGGCUUUUGUUUUGUUUUGUUUUUAUGACAAAAAGCAAAAAUACAUAGAGCAGGGCAAACAUGAAUCCGUAGGUAAUAAUUAUUACUGACCUGAGCUUUAACUCCAGAUUUAUAUAUAUAUAUUUCUCCAAAAUAGAUUUAAAUGAUAUGCCUUUAUUGCAGCUUUAAGACCCAAGAUAUGCAGAAAGAUCUGCAGAUCAAUAUAAUAUUGUACAUAUGCCUUCUGUAAUUUCUUUCUCUUUAAUAAUAAAUCCAG